UAAUUACGCACAGGCUUUAGACACUUCUUGCACAGUUGAGCUGGGUUUGUGUCUUUUUUUUUCAUUUUUAGCUCUGGAAGAGAUGCCUUUUUUGUUGCUUUUUAAGUCAGUGGUGAGAAACUCAAAUAGUUCAAAUGAUACACAUCGAAAAGGCAGUUGCCUUCCCACCCUCUCCAUAGAAUAUCUCUGCUGAACUUGCUUUGAAUCACUUGUCUUCCUUAAAAUUGAUUCUGAAAACAAAUUCAAGUGAAAAACCAUGCCUUUAUAAAAAGUUACUAAGUGUAACACAUGGAAUUGAAACAUAUGGAAAGGCUAAACAUAAAGACUGAUUGGGGGAGAUUUUCCUCCCAUGGAAACUGGACUGGAUGAAGCGUCUUCAAAUAUGAGUUCAUUGGCAUUGGAGGUUCCAGUCAGAAGGGGCAGCAGUCUUCCCUGAGGAUGACCACGCCUUCCAGCCCUCCUGCUUUCAGGCUCGAGACCUCAGAUGGAGGCCAUGAAGAUGGUGCCCAGGGAGACAGAGGAAAUGGGGGCGGGGGCUCCGAACCACCCCCCAUGGAGUCCCAGUUCCAGGGUGAGGACCGGAACUCCUCCCCACAGAUCAGAGUGAACCUCAACUUCCGAAAGGCGGCAGGUGCCAGACAGCCAGACCCAAACCGCUUUGACCGCGACCGGCUCUUCAGCGCUGUGGCCCGGGGGGCCCCCAGGGAUCUGGCCGGGCUACCAGAGUAUCUGAGCCGGACCAGCAAGUACCUCACAGACUCGGAGUACACAGAGGGCUCCACGGGGAAGACCUGUCUGAUGAAGGCCGUGCUGAACCUUCGGGACGGGGCCAACGCCUGCAUCGAGCCGCUGCUGCAGAUUGACCGGGACUCGGGCAAUCCCCGGCCUCUGGUCAACGCCCAGUGCACGGAUGAGUACUUCCGAGGCCACAGCGCCCUCCACAUUGCCAUUGAGAAGAGGAGCCUGCUCUGCGUGAAGCUCCUGGUGGAGAAUGGGGCCGAUGUGCACGCCCGGGCCUGCGGCCAGUUCUUCCAGAAGAGGAGCCAAGAGACCUGCUUCUACUUUGGCGAGCUGCCCCUCUCCCUGGCUGCGUGCACCCAGCAGUGGGACGUGGUGACCUACCUCCUGGAGAACCCGCACCAGCCCGCCAGCCUGCAGGCCGCCGACUCAUUGGGCAACACGGUGCUGCACGCCUUGGUGAUGAUCGCAGACAACUCUCCGGAGAACAGCGUGCUGGUGACCCACAUGUACGACAAGCUCCUCCAGGCGGGGGCCCGUCUUUGCCCCACUGUGCGGCUGGAGGACAUACCCAAUCUGCAGGGCCUCACGCCCCUGAAGCUGGCCGCCAAGGAGGGCAAAAUAGAGAUUUUCAGACACAUCCUGCAGCGGGAGCUCCCGGGGCCAUGCCAGUCCCUUUCCCGAAAGUUUACGGAGUGGUCCUACGGGCCCGUGCGGGUGUCACUGUAUGACCUGGCCUCUGUGGACAGCUGGGAGGAGAACUCAGUGCUGGAGAUCAUUGCCUUUCACUGCCGAAGCCCGCUCCGGCACCGAAUGGUAGUCUUGGAGCCGCUGAACAAACUGCUGCAGGCGAAGUGGAAACUGCUCACCCCCAGAUUCUUCUUCAACUUUUUGUGUUACUUGACCUACGUGUUCAUCUUCACUGCCGUCACCUACCACCAGCCUGCCCUGGAUAAGGACUUCCUCCCACUGGAAGUGACAGCUGGGAACACCAUGCUGCUGCUGGGCCACGUGCUGCUUCUGCUUGGGGGGGUCUACCUCCUCAUGGGCCAGCUGUGGUACUUCUGGAGGCGCCGUCUGUUCAUCUGGAUCUCCUUCAUGGACAGCUACUUCGAAAUCCUCUUCCUGGUCCAGGCGCUGCUCACCGUGCUGUCCCAGGUGCUGUGCUUCUUGGCCGUCAAGGCAUACCUGCCGCUGCUCGUGUGCUCGCUGGUGCUGGGCUGGCUGAACCUGCUCUACUACACGCGUGGUUUGCAGCACACGGGCAUCUACAGCGUCAUGAUCCAGAAGGUCAUCCUUCGGGACCUGCUCCGCUUCCUGUUGGUCUACUUAGUCUUCCUUCUCGGCUUCGCUGUCGCACUAGUGAGCCUGAGUCGGGAGGCCCAGGACACCGGGGCCCCUUCGGGUUCCAACACCACAGAGGUGGCAGGGAAGGAGGACAAGGAGGCCCCAUACCAGGCUAUCCUGGAUGCCUGCUUGGAGCUGUUCAAGUUCACCAUUGGCAUGGGCGAGCUGGCCUUUCAAGACCAGCUGCGCUUCCGGGGCGUGGUGCUGCUGCUGCUUCUGGCCUAUGUGCUGCUCACCUACGUCUUGCUGCUCAACAUGCUCAUCGCGCUCAUGAGCGAGACCGUCAACAGCGUCGCCACUGACAGCUGGAGCAUCUGGAAGCUGCAGAAAGCCAUCUGUGUCCUAGAGAUGGAGAAGGGCUACUGGUGGUGCAGGAGGAAGAAGCAGCGGGCAGGGGUGAGACUGACAGUUGGCUCCAAGCCAGACGGUAGCCCGGAUGAGCGCUGGUGCUUCAGGGUGGAGGAAGUGAACUGGGCUGCAUGGGAGCAGACGCUGCCCACGGUGUGCGAGGAGCCCUCGGCGCGGGGCAGCCCUGGCGCCAUGAUGAGCCCGGCUUUGGCCUCCCAGUCCAGCCAGGACAGCGCUGUGGAGGAAGACCAUGUGCCUCUGCAGCCCCUGGAGUCCCACUGAUGGACAAAGGAGGGAAUCUUUCCAGUCCCACCUGCUGGCUCUGGGGCUCCAGCGGUCUUUGGUGGCAAAAAUGAAUAAAUAUUUUCUUGUGACUAACUCUUCUGGAAACGUUAGCUGAGUAAAGGUACUGGGCCCUUGGGCUGGGUGGCAUCUGCCAUUUCUCUGAGAGUUUACCUGUGUCUGGGGCCGGGCUGCUACGGCCAUCUCCUGGGCACAGGGACCCUCACCUGCAGCCCCCCCAGCUGCCCUGUUUGGGAUGCAGGCAGCUGGCCGAAGCGCUGUGCCUGCUGUCACCACAGAAGCGAGGUGGUGGACACAGGCCAGUAGGGCCACCUCUACCCCAGCCUCCAGACACCCGCUAAAGUCACCUGCAGGACGUCUCUCAGCCCGCUCCAGGGCUGAACUUCAUUCAGGCUGUGGAUUACCAAUUGCUCUCGAGCAGUUCCCACCCCUGCAAGCCGGAGGGACCUCCCUGGGACACCAGAGCAAGGUUACCCUGGCCUCUGAAGGCUUGCGAGGCUCCGGGCGCCCUCUGGGUCCCUAGCCGGCAUCCCCAAGCAUUUCCGGAGGCCUCCUGGUCUCCUUGGCACUUACACUAAAUCCUUCGCGCAUGACAGUGGACCUCGUGGGUGUCUGAUCCCUAGGCGUGGGUCCGUCUAGAAGCGCCCCCUCCCUACAUUAAAACCCCACGCCUAUUUCUAAGACCCGCUCAGUAACUGAUGGGUCACCACCGCGUUUCCGGCAUUCUCCCUUGGGGUCCUGUGUGUUCGUUCACAGGACGUGCGUGGACGGGCUGAAUGUUUUUUAAGUGGCCAGACCCGAGCCUGUUCCCACGCUGUGGCAGGGAGGAAGGCUUCACCGCUGGUGAAACGCGGGCGCGGCUGGAGGAGUACCGAAGGAACGGGGGGCGGGGGGCGGAUGAAGGGGAGUGAGGGGGGCGGUCGGGGCGCAGCGGCUGGAAGGGCUGGUGCGGGGAGGGCAGACGGUCCCAGCCUCCAGGAGAGGAGCGGUCACAGUGUGUGCACGCCUGCCGCGCGCCAGCCUCUGUAGGGUUUCGAGGGCAUGAUCGCACGUAACGCGCAGAACCACGGUCUGCAGCCUCCGCCACUCCACCUUCCAGAGAGGCAACCGGAAGCUCGCGAUGGCCGAAUCUCUACUCCCGACCACCCGGGGGCGGCGCGGCGGGACAGUCUCCAACCUACCAGCGAGCUCUAGCUCCUCACACGCGCCCUGGGGCUAGCCUCCGGCCUGUGACCCAGAAUUCUUGGGCCUCGGAAGAGACCAUGAGCUCCGCAGGAGGGGGAGUCAGGCCGGCGCUGCCGAGGCUAUGCCGUUAAACGGACCGGAAGUUCCCGUGAGUCUUUGCCAGGAUUCCCCUCCCAUCGCUGAGGAGUGGAGCGUUCCGACUCCUUAAGGGCCUGGGACGCGGGCUCUCUGGUCUUUCCGCUGCCGGUGUUGCGAGCCUGUUUGGGUAUUCAGUUAGGGCCUGUCAGCGGGCGGCGAGGGCGCCAGAGCUUGUUUAGUUUCUCGACCGAUGUUCCCCGGAAGCGUAACUGGAGCGCGGCGGGCGGCUGCGCCCAGGCGGGCCUGGGGGCGGGCGCCUUGGCCUUGUGCUCAUAUCUGGGGACCGAGGAUAGAGGAGCGCGUGUAUCUUUGUCCGGCAGGGCCGCUGCGGUCUGGGAACCCCUCCCCCCGGGCUCGCGGCCGGGAGUGAGUGACCCCGAGAGGACUGGAUAGCGGCCCACUCGGUUUUGCAGAUGGGAGCAGCAGGUCUCCUCGAGGUUGCCAGUUGGUGAGGCAUUGCCAGCACGUGAUCACCAGCCACCGAGUAUGGGAGCCUGGACCGAGGGUCUGAGCUCUGAAGAGUGGUGACCAGCAGAGUUUUAGAGCUUGCAGCAAUGGCAGGAGCACCCCAGCCCAAGACAAGGCUGUGCUGCAGCAGGGGCAGAAUUUGGAAGCCGCAAGGACCAGUGGCAGCCAUCAACUUGGACUCGAAAAUACAGGCUUCAAUGUUUUGUUUUGUGUUGAGUAUCAAAGGGGACAUUCUUAUUGUGAAAGAGCCAAGAAAUGGAUUUGGCAGCCUUUUUCUAGGACAGUGGAGUCAUUAAAUUCAUAGUUUCAUUGUAUUGUCCCUUAAGCAAAAGUAGCUUUUUUGUACUUGUAAAUAUUGUAUGCAUUUGUUAUACUGGGUGAGAGAAACUUCCUGAAGUUUGUAUCUCCAUGCAGUUACCGUAGAUGUAAUAAAAGGAUGCUCUUUGGUAUUAA